AAUGAGAGCGCAAUUAGUUAUUUCAGGCCAAACUGUGAAAGGAAGAAUACUAUUUGUUGCCGCUGAUUGUAAAUGGGCUUUUUGGUUAAAAUUACAUUCUAUAAUUGAUAUUUGUACCAUUCCGCCAAUGUUUUUAUCAAUUUACUUGAAUCGACAAUGGCUAGGUUUAAGGUUUAUGAGAGCACUAUGGAUAAUGACUGUACCAAAGAUAUUGAAAUACAUGAAUAUUUUACAUUCAAGUAACGCUAUUCAUAGAGCUCAGUUAGUUGGUUAUCUCGUUGGAGUAUGGCUGGCUUCGGCCGGUUUUGUUCACCUUGUUGAAACGUCUGGAGAUCCAUUUAAAGAUUGGAAAAAUAGACAACAAUUGAGUUAUUGGGAUUGUUUGUAUUUUCUUGUAAUAACAAUGUCAACUGUCGGAUACGGCGAUGUUACUUGUACAACUGACAUUGGAAAAUUAUUUAUUAUGGUCUUUAUUAUUGGUUCAAUUUAUCUAUUCGCUAGAAACAUUGACGUCAUCGUACAAAUUGUCGGAAAAACUGGCAUGUAUUCAGGCCAAUAUAGAAAACCAGCAGGCGUAGGGCAUAUUGUUAUUGUAGGUUCAUUAACUUAUUAUUCCGUUAAGAACUUUGUUAGUGAAUUCUUUUUGAAAGAUUGGCAAAGUAGAAAUAUUACUCUUAUAUUUCUUGAUAGAGAAAAACCUGAUUUAAGGACAAAUGCGCUAUUUAAAAAGUACUUUACGAAUGUAAAAUUUUUUAUUGGUACGCCAAUGAAUUCAAACGAUCUUGAAAGAGUUAAGUUGAAAGAAGCCGACGCCUUCUUAGCAUUAGCUAAUCCUCAAGCUGUUGAUAGAGACGAAGAAGAUGCUUCUAAUAUUUUAAGAGUAAUAGCUGCUAAGAACUUUCAUCCUGAAAUAAGAGUUAUCGUUCAGUUGUUAAGUUAUGAAAAUAAAGCAUAUCUUAUUAAUUUAGCACCCUGGAACGAAUACGAUCAAAUUAUAUGCGAAGAUGAAGUUAAGCUUGGUUUUCUGGCUCAAAGUUGUUUAGCACCUGGAUUUUCUACAUUAAUCGCUAACUUAUUCGUACUUAAAAAGUCUAAAAAACAAAGGUCAAAUCACGUAAAAGAAAAGAAGAGAGUUAGAUCACAUUCAUCGCACAUUUCGCCUAACCCAAGACAUAGUCAAACGAAUAAGAAGAUAUUAAGUAAACAAAAGAGAAUUGAAGUCUCUGCAAUAUCUGACGUAUGUGACGAUGAUAUUCCCAGUGAUAUUUAUGACUUUACAGGCUUAUUUCAUUGGUGCGAAGAGGUUCCCUUUGAAAAAGCUUUAUGGAAAAGAUCUAAUCUCAACUUUCGAGAUAUAAAAGGUCAUAUAGUUGUUUGCGUCUUUGGUGAUAAAACAGUUGAAGAUAUGAUUCUGGCUGAUAAAGAAACUAUUAUAUGUACCCUGGGUAUAAAGUCAAUGAAAUUCUACAAAUGGGCCGACCUGUGGAAGACUAAAGGCAAUGAUUUGCAUAUGACUGGUAUAAGAGAAAGUAUUGCCUCUUUAGAAUCUACCCAAACAAAUGAAUCUGAUAUAAGCGAAGAUAUAGAUUCAAAUGAUACUGAUCUUGAAACUAAAUUAACUAGAAUAUUCAUAUUAGAAAGGUUUAAGAGCACGGAAGACAAGAAAGAUAUUCAGAAUAAAAAAUCUAUACAUCAAUUAGAAUUUUCUGGAUCUCAUAUACCUCUUAUAACCGAUUUAGAAUACGAUUCAAAUGUACGAUUUUUAGAUUUGGAUAAUUUUCAAGAUCCUAAUUUACCAUUUAGACUAUCAUUACCUUUCGCUUGUGGUAGUGUUUUUACAUCAUCGUUACUUGAUUCGUUGAUAUGCGCGACAUAUUUCAAUCCUGACGCCAUGAAUAUAAUUAAAAUCCUAUUAACUGGCGCAGUCAAACCGGAAUUGGACCAAAUGAUGGCCGAAGGUAUUGGAAUUGUAAAAGGAGCUGAUAACAUCCCAUUACAAUCUACCAGAAAUCGAUGCCGUGUUAAUCAAAUUGCGAUGACAGAAGCUCUUCUCUAUUCAUUCAUUGGCCAAACUUAUGAGAAGAUGUUUUGCUCCUUACUCAAUAACAAAUUUAUAAUAUGCUUGGGAUUGUAUAGAAAGUUAAAUAUACUUGACAAAUGCGGAUCAUACGAACGAUUUGUCAUCACAAAUCCACCUAAAUCCUUAACCCUACAUCCAAAUGAUUUAGUUUAUUGUUUAGUUCCGUUUGAAAAAUCAAACGAUUCUUUCGACUUCGAUACUAGUGAAGAGACAGUUAGUUAA